AUGUUUCGCAUCCCACAACCCAAAAAUGAGAUGAUAGAGGGCCAGGAUGACACAAGACUGGUGGUCUUACAUGGCAUCUCCAAGGAUGAAUUUGAAUGCCUGUUGAAAGCUCUAUUAUGCAGACAGUGUGGGCAAAAUAAGAGCCUAGUGCUUCACUUUACCAGCCAACGGAUAUCUCAGUGCGAGACUCUUGGCGAUGUUGAGAAGGUUGUGCUCGCCAUGCAAUAUGACAUCAAGGGCUGGCUACUUCCUUCUCUUCUCGCACUUGCCCAAAGACACGGUCCAAUUAGUGUAGAGGAAGGUAGGUGUUUGGGUAUUGAAACGGCACUGAAGUUGGCUUCGGUGUGGGAGGGGCUUCGGCUGGAGAGACUGGACCCCACAGCUACACGACUGGACUUCACACCCAUGAUACAGAAGGUUUUCGAACUAUAAGUGUAGGACUUCAGUACAUAUGUCAUAUAAUAGAUUUGAAUGAUAAACAAGGUGAUUACGG